GUGUGUUACAGACUGGCAUGCUUAAAGAAUAAAAAACAAAUUUUCAGAUCCUGAUUACCAACUACGUGCUUAGCCCAUAAAAGGCCUACAGAAGGCCUUGAAACAGUCAAGGUAUUGUCUACAAACAGAACGCCACACUCUCAAUGGCGACUGGUUUGGACAAGCGGCCAAUGACAUCAUACUACAGUAGCGCAAGCGCAAUCGCUAGGGCCGCGCUCCGAAUACAAGAUGGCGGCAGCGGUGGGGAGGGAGAGGAGGAGGCGGGACAGGAUUGAGUCGAGUGGAACCUAUAUUCGGGUCCUCAAUAUUGUUGCCAAAGUCAGAACAGCUGUGAAGAGAUGGCAAGCGAGAACCAUGGAGCUGUGAAAAGUGAGCCAACAUUGGUAAUAAACUCAACUGUUAACCAAGAACAACAACAGCAUGAGUCACCAAAGCCCAUGAAGCUGGUGCAGGAUCUUCCAGAUGAACUGGUGCAGGCGGGUUGGUCAAAAUGCUGGAGCAAACGAGAAAACCGGCCAUACUAUUUCAACAGGUUCACCAACCAGUCGCUGUGGGAAAUGCCAGUACUGGGACAACAUGAUGUUAUUUCAGAUCCACUUGGGUUGAAUGCUGCUCCAAUGCCAUCAGAUGGAGCUCCUGUGGUUGAGCCUGCUCCAGUGGAUAAUAAACCACAAAAACGACGUCACUCUGAAGAAGUCCCACCAUCUCCUGUCUCUUUAAAGAAAGCAAAGGUUGAAAGUCCAGGAACUCCUUCUGCUCAGAUAAUCCCAAGUUCUCCUUGCACUCCAGCGAGCACCCCUGCUUUCCGUUCCUGGAGCACAUCUACUGAUGAGAAGCAGCAGUCACCUACAGUACAAACAUAUCGACCUACAGUGGUGUACUGGGAUUUGGAUGUCCAAACCAAUGCAGUGCUCAAGGAGAGAGGUCCGUCAGAUAAGUAUCCCCCACAUCCAGAAGUAGAGAUGCUUCGCUCUCAUCUUAUCCUGAAACUGAGGCAGCAUUACCAGGAACUGUGUCAACAGAGAGAGGGCAUAGAUCCUCCCCGAGAAUCUUUUAACAGGUGGAUGUUGGAGCGGAAGGUGUUUGAUAAGGGAAAAGAUCCAAUGCUUCCAAGUGACUGUGAUACAGCCGUAUCCCCUUCAAUGUUCCGUGAGAUCAUGAAUGAUAUCCCAAUCAGACUGUCUCGGAUCAAGUACAGAGAUGAAGCAAAACGACUGUUGUUCAGAUAUGCUGAAGCUGCAAGCAGGCUGAUUGAGUCCAGGAAUGCCUCUUCAGAAAGCAGGAAACUGGUGAAGUGGAAUGUGGAAGAUACAUUUAGCUGGUUACGAAAGGACCAUUCGGCUACUAAAGAAGACUAUAUGGACAGACUGGAACACCUGCGAAAACAGUGUGGACCCCAUGUGACAGCAGUAGCCAAGGACUCAGUAGAGGGAAUCUGCAGCAAAAUAUAUAGUAUUUCAUGUGACUAUGUUAAGCGAAUGAAAGAAAAACAUUCGGCAUUGCUCAAAGAGCACAAUAUAUCGGAAGAAGCUGGGACUCCAGAGAUUCAGAACAGACUUGUCUACUGCUAUCCCAUAAGACUGGCCAUCCCUUCUCCUCCACAACCCCGUGUAGAAUUGCACUUUGAAAAUGAUGUAGCCUGUGUUCGCUACAAGGGUGAGGUGGCCAAGGUGAACCGCAGCUACUUCAGCAAACUGGAAAUGCUUUAUCGUUAUAGCUGCAUUGACGAUUUGCGGUUUGAGAAGUUCUUGGCCAGAGUUUGGUGCCUUCUCAGAAGAUACCAGUUAAUGUUUGGUGUGGCCAUACAUGAAGGUACAGGGCUGCAGGGUUCUCUUCCUGUGCCUGUCUUUGAAGCCUUGCACAAGCAGUUUGGAGUGACUUUUGAGUGCUUUGCAUCACCACUAAAUUGCUACUUCAAGCAGUAUUGCUCAGCUUUUUCUGACACUGAUGGAUUCUUCGGAUCUAGGGGGCCUUUCCUGGAAUUCUUUCCAGUUAGUGGUUCCUUUGAAGCAAACCCUCCUUUCUGUGAGGAGCUCAUGGAUGCUAUGGUCACUCAUUUUGAGAAACUCUUGGCAAGUUCACACGAACCAUUGUCCUUCAUUGUUUUCAUCCCUGAAUGGAGAGAUCCCCCAACUCCAGCACUCACACGAAUGGAAGCAAGCAAGUUCAAGCGGCACCAGAUAGUAAUGCCAGCUUUCGAGCAUGAAUAUCGAAGUGGGUCACAGCAUAUCUGCAAAAGGGAGGAGAUGUACUACAAAGCUGUUCAUGGCACAGUCAUCUUGUUUUUACAAAACCAGGCAGGAUUUACCAAGUGGGAGCCCACACAAGAGAGACUGCAAGAGUUGAUAAAUGCCUAUAAGGUUUCAGGAAGGACUCUGGCCUCCUCAAGUUCCAGCACUUCUUCAGGAACACCUGAGAAAGAACAUACUGCAGGCCGUGAACAGGGCACCAGCAAGGAUGCUUAAGACAGUAGGACACACUGAAGGAAAGGCAGUGGAGAAGUGUGUGCCUUCCAUGGUGGCACUAUCCAAGCAGAUUUCUGCUGUUGCUUGCUGUUGUGUGCUGUUCUCCAUUUGGUGUACUGUCUUUUUUUGCAUUGUUUACUCCACAGAGAGUUCAGCACUGAGCACUGAUUAAGUGGGUGCAGUGCAUCCAAUACGUCUCUUUUCUUCCACCAAGCCGCAGUUUUGAAUGUACUUAUCCUGAGAUUCCAUCAGCUGAAUAAAACAGAAAUUCCCUCAUAAUGAAUGCUAGAGAAAUCUUCAGACCUUGGCUUUCACAACUGAUCUUAUACCUGGUGGUCUUUUGGACAAGGCAGACAUCUCAACAAAGAGGGAACAACACAAGUAGAGAAUCUCUCUUGGCAGAAUGGGAAGCAGAUUCCAGGCAUUUUAUCAACAGAGCUGCCAAAGGCUACUCCCCACCCCCAGUGUAGUAUUGGAAAAUGCAAGCAAAACAGCAAAGCUGCAGGAGACGGCGCUGGCCCAAUACAACACUGGUACGGACUGCAGAGUUGCAUAAUUUGGUCACUAGCAGGUUCGCCAUCAUGUGCACAGAGGUAUAUUUCAUGGCGAAUGUACAGCAUUUAAUGCAUCUGUUUUUAGCACUGUCCGAUUUUAACAUGUUUUCAGGUGUUAAAAGCAAAUGAUUUUGUUCUGUGCGGCCUGUAAGGGUGCUUUUGUAGUGUAUUGAACUGGUUCUAUUUUGGAAAUCUUGUUUUAUUUUUGUCUGUUAAAAUAUUUUAUUUGUUGUAUUGUAGAAUGAGUCUAAUGCAAAAAAAAAUGAGAAUUUUUUAUUUGUUUAUUUGUGUUUGACUUGGGGGAUGGAAUGCAGUGCAGUAACAGAUUACCUAUUACUGAUUAAAUCAUUCAAAAUGAGCAGAGUACUGUCCUUAAAACACUAGCUCCCUUUGCAGUUUCUCUGUGCUGCAGUUUUGUAGAAGUAUGGUAGUUGUUGGCCAGUGAAUUUAAAUUAAUAUGACAUGUACAUGCUACAUGCAGUAGAAUAAUCUGCUUGUAAACCGACGUUGUAUGUCUUUGGUAUUUUUCCCUUACUUUUUCAGAUCUGUGCCUCUUCAGCAUAUCAUUCAUUUGUCAAAAUUAAAAAGAAAGGCUGAACUGUAGCCGAGAAAAUGUUAGGGUUCUGGGAUCACUGCACUGACUUAUGUAUACCUGCUCAUUAUGUGAUGGAGCUGUGUUUUUCAGUACUGUGAUAGUCCUAGUGUUGUGUGUGUGAUUACCCAUUAAUUCAGUGAGUCAGUAGGUGACUGUAUCUUCCAUUGUUUGGUCACCUUAGGUUUUAGAAAGGACUUAUCCCUGUAUUACUUCUGUCUUAUUCAGUUAUGUACCACCCUCCCAAGUAUACAUAACCAAAAGUUUGUAGAUAAGACUGGCUGAUGAUACGCAAAGUUGGAAAGCAACCCUGUCUCAAUACUGUGCCUCCAUUUAUUACAUCAGUGUAUGUUAUUUAAGUCAAGGGCUUCUGACUUCAUGACAGAUGCUUUCGUAGUACAAGAUCGAGACUUCCUUUUGGCCAAGAGGAAACAAGGUAGAGGUGGAUGAAUCUUCCUACUCAAAAAGAGCAGUUCUUGGGCUAACAUUUGGUAGCUAGAUUACAGUGCUACACCUUCCUGCUUUCCACAGUGUUCUUUAAAUUCACUGCUUGUUAGCAGCUUUGUCAUUUGUCAGAAAGAUGCUGACAGCUACUUUUAAUCAUCUGUCAUUGUAUGUCUCUACAAGAGUAAAAUAACUUGCUGUUGGAGAAAACUGCAUAGAACAACCCCAUGUAUCCACAUAAUACAGCCAGUGCCUAAACAGUUACCUCUCCACUAGCAUGCCUAGCCUCUAGUAAUUUGUUCCAAAUCUUCCCCCUGUCUCUUUUAGGAAGUGUAAUGUUCCACGUCCUAGAUAAGGGGUGUGUGUGUGUGUGUGUGUGUGUGUGUGUGUGUGUGUGUGUGUGUGUGUGUGUGUGUGUGUGUGUGUUAAUAAUACAGAAUAGGUGGGCAGGAGUUGGAUUUUAUCAAAUCCUGCAUUGUUGAGCCCAAGCCAUUAAAACCUGGUUCCUCGCCCAUUAGGAGCAGGAAGAACUGGACUUGUCUUGAUGCAGGCACAUCUCAAACCCCAUCCAUGAGAUUUACUGGGUUGGGUUUUGCUGGAUUAAUCUGUAUAAACUGGGACUUUGCAAAACAUUACCCGAUGAAGCCUUUCAUACUCACAUAGGGGUCGCCACAGCAGAUCAUCUGUUUCCAUUUCUUCCUGUCCUCUGCAUCUUGCUGUGUCACACCAACUACCUGCAUGUCCUCCCUCACCACAUCCGUAAACCUUAUCUUAGGCCUUCCUCUUUUCCUCUUACCUGGCAGCUCCAUCCUUAGUGUCUUUCUCCUAAUAUACCCAGCUUCUCUCCUCAGCACAUGUCCAGUCCAAUGCAAUCUGGCCUCUCUGGCUUUGUCUCCAAACCGUCCAACCUGAGCUGACCCUCUAAUAUACUGAUUCCUAAUCCUGUUCAUCCU